AUGAAGUACACAGCUCUGCUCGCGGCCACGACCUUCGCGAUUGCAUCGCCCGCUCUUUCCCUCGUUACCCCCCGGCAGAGCAGCCUCCCUCAGCUUGGUGGUGUCAACACCGCAGGUUAUGACUUCAGCGUGGUAUGCACGGUUCCGCCCGCCGACCAGUUCAGCCACUUCGCUGGCGAAGGUGUCAACUUGUUCCGCAUUCCGUGGCAGCUCAUGACACCUACGCUCGGUGGUGACAUCGACGAGAACUGGUUCAGCGCCAACUAUGACCCCACUGUUCAGGCCGCCCUUGCCUCCAGCUCCAACACCUAUGUUAUCGUUGACCUGCACAACUAUGCUCGCUGGAACGGUCAGAUCAUUGCGCAAGGUGGCCCCACUAACGGCCAGUUCGCUUCUAUCUGGACCCAGCUGGCCGCCAAGUACGGUACGAACGAGCGCGUCAUUUUCGGCAUCAUGAACGAGCCGCACGACAUUCCCAACGUCGCUACCUGGGUAGACAGCGUUCAGUUCGUCGUGAACGCCGUGCGCCAGGCUGGUGCACAGAACUUCCUCCUCCUUCCUGGCUCCAGCUGGUCCUCGGCCGAGGCCUUCCCGACCGAGGCCGGCCCGCUCCUCGUCAAGGUCACAGACCCCCUCGGUGGAUCCGACAAGCUGAUUUUCGAUGUCCACAAGUACCUUGACAGCGACAACAGUGGAACGCACCCCGACUGCACCACGGACAACGUGGAUGUGCUCACGACGCUGGUCAGCUUUUUGCAAAACAACGGCAACCGCCAGGCAAUUCUCAGCGAAACUGGCGGAGGAAACACUGACAGCUGCGAAACAAUGCUCAACAGCGAGCUUGCCUUGGUCAAGCAGAACUUCCCUACCAUAGUUGGGUUCUCAGUCUGGUCGGCCGGUGCCUUCGACACCACCUACCCUCUGUGGGUUGCGGCUGUUCAGCCCAACCUCCCGUGA